AUGGAGAUAUGGAAUAAGGUAGAACCGUGGGAAUUGAAAUGUCCUGGGGAUUGCUCUUGGAUUUGGAGGAAGAUUCUUGGACUUAGAGACAUAGGGAGGGACAAGAUGAAAUUCAAAAUUGGUAAUGGCAUACUUGCUUCGCUUUGGUUUGUUAUUGGGCAUCCUCUUGGCCCUUUAGAGAGGAUUCUUGGUGAGAGGAUCGUUCAUGAAUCUAGAUUGAGCAGAUUAGCUAAGGUGGUUGAUAUUGUUGAUGGUGACACUUGGAGAUGGCCAUCAGCUUGCUCCUUAGCAUUGUCUGAUUUCAUGCAAGGCACGCUUGAUACUUUUCGACAGGAUUGUACUAGAGAAGAUGUCUUGCGUUGGGUGCAUGAUGUGCAUGGAGUCUUCUCUGUUCGGAGCGCUUGGGAGUCUCUUCGACCUUGUUGCCCUAGGGUGACCUGGUAUCACAUUGUAUGGUUCCCUAAAUGUAUUCCUCGUUAUGCAUUUAUUCUUUGGCUAGCAAUUCAAGGUGGCCUCUAUCCACAGACAAAGCUUCUUCGCUUUGGCUUGAUACAGUCUAUGCGAUGUGUACUGUGUGGUUGUUCAGGGGAGGAUCUAGACCAUCUUUUCUUUGCUUGCCCAUUUUCUGAGCAUGUUUGGCAAGCUUUGCAUUCUAUGCGAUGUGUACUGUGUGGUUGUUCAGGGGAGGAUCUAGACCAUCUUUUCUUUGCUUGCCCAUUUUCUGAGCAUGUUUGGCAAGCUUUGCAUCUCGGAACUGGGGAAAUAAAGGAGAAAGACACGCAUAAAGAUGCAGACCGCAGACGCAGCAACAAUUUUGCAAGAAUUAAUGAGGUUCCGUCAAUUCUCGAUGAUGUCGUUUAA